AUGGCCACGAUUGUCUUUUUGGUCAGCAUUCUUCUAAUCACCUUGAAUGGAGUUCAAGUUGAUUGCAAUACUGACAGCUAUUCCUUCCGCGUUUCCGAAAAUGGGGCAACGUUUACCGAAGAUGUGGAAGUGGAUGUCGACAAUCAAACCGAAGUGUUCCGUGUUCCUCAGCACAAAGAUGUGGACGCAAUGGAAAUGAUGAAUGACUUUAGAGAGGGUUUGUCUGUUUACCGAGUACCAUCAGCACGAGCCUGCUAUGUAUCUAAGCUGGAUUCAUCUUUUCCUGUGCCAGAGAAGAUGAAAGUCAACUUGGAGCAUGUAAAAACUUCGAUGCAGCCCAGGUUACACAGCCGGGUGACAACAAAAGAAAGAGCUUGGAGAGUGGUCAGUUUCGCGCAACGAUCAGCUUUGCCUCAGAAGUUCCUGGAUUUCUGUGGCAGCUUUCCAAUCUAUACCAUUGAACAAACGUCGAUUGAUUCGGCAAUGAGGCCUUUAAGUAGAGACUGUAAGCCCGCAGGUAUGGAUAGCUAUAAGUGUGACAAGUCACUUCAUUUUGUAAACUACAUUGGUUUUUGCUGUUCUAUGGAAAAGGGAAGAUAG